GACUACUGUUCCAUGGACACACCUCUACCCACUGGGUCCCCUGGUUUGGGAUUUGACGUCAUAGCCAGCACUCCAUCCCUUCUGGUCACACUUAAACACCCUUCACAUAUCUGUCAUUCCUGCUUGGGACAGCAGAUAAGGCAGAAAGUAGCAAGAUGUCUGGAGGAAUCUUCUGCCCUUUAGAUAACCUAUACGACCCAGACAGUGCCAACUGCCACCCCUUGGUUUGCCACUUAUGCCAUGAGCAGUACGAACAACCCUGUCUUCUGGACUGUUACCACACAUUCUGUGCCAGUUGUCUGCGUGGCCGGGCCGUGGAAGGCAAACUUACCUGCCCUCUCUGUGGACAACAGUCCCUUGUUAAAGGCCUUAAUGCAUUACCCCAAGAGGACCGCCUGCUCAAGUUCCUAGUGGAUAACUCUACUGACUGUGAGGAGACUGUUCAGUGUGCUAACUGUGACUUGGAAUGCAAGAAACAGGACGUGGAUGUGAUGGAUUACUGCAACACUUGUAGUCAGCCGCUGUGUAGAGCUUGCAGGGAAACAACCCACAAGGCCAAGAUGUUCUCCCAGCAUGACAUUGUCUCCCUUGCCAAGCGCACCAAGGAGGCCCACAAAAAGUGUGCCCUCCAUGAUGAGUUAUACAUCAUGUUCUCCACAGAGAAGAAGUCUAUGCUGUGCAUCAACUGUUUCAGAGACAUGCAAGUGGAGAGCAGAGCACACUGCAUUGAUAUUGAGACAGCAUAUAUUCAGGGCUGUGAAAGGCUGGACCAAGCUGUCAUAGCAGUGAAGGAGCUCCAGACAUCAGCAAGAGAGGCGAUCAUGUUACUAAAGGCCAUGAUCGGGGAAGUCAGAGAGAACGUGGAGGAGGAAGAGUCCGCUAUCAGUACUCUGUUCAACAACGUGCAGGAAAAACUGGCAGAAAGAAAAAGGAUUCUCCUAAAAGUAGCACAAAGUCAGCAUGAGGAGAAAGAGAGAGCUUUCAAAGAACAGCUGUCUCACUUGGCUGGACUCUUACCCACUCUCCAGGUUCACCUGGUCACAUGCUCAGCUUUCCUAAGUUCUGCCAACAAGUUUGAGUUCCUUGACAUGGGAUAUCAACUGAUGGAGAGACUGAAAAAGAUUGUCAAACUGCCACACAGACUGAGACCAGCUCAAAGUAGCAAGAUCAACACGGAGUAUCGGUCCGAGUUUGCCCGUUGCCUUGAGUGUCUGUUACUGCUGGGGCAGAGACGCUCAGUCUCCACCGUGGGGGGGGUGUCUGCCGGUGGUCUGCCCCAGUCUUCCCUGUCUAUGCAGUGCCACUCCCCUCCCAUCAGUGACAUGUCCCUGGGAUCCUCCACGGUGCGGAAGCCCUCAGCCCACCGCUACAUCAGCACCAAGGUCCUCCUGGCGGAGGGUGGGGAGACCACCUUCACAGAGCACUGCCGCAACUAUGAGAACAACUACAGGACGCUGCAGACAUCCGUCCAGCAACUAAAGGACCAGGUGCAGAAGGUGCACAGGGAUCUGACCAAGCACCACUCCCUCAUCAACACGGACACCGUAGGAGACAUAUUGGACACCUCUGUGCAGAUGGACAGGCAGAUCUCCUCGGAGUACUCUGCAGUGAAACUCAUGAGGGCCAUGCUUGAGGAGAUCUGGGAGGAAACCUUUCAGAGGGUCGCUAAUGAACAGGAAAUCUAUGAAGCCCAGCUUCAUGAUCUGUUGCAACUAAGACAAGAAAAUAGCUACCUGACGACCAUCGCCAAGCAAAUUGGCCCCUACAUCCGAUCCAUCGCUAAGGUGAAGGAACGCCUAGAACCCAGACCGAAAGAGCCAACAGAAGUGAAAGAUGAUCGUACAGAGGCUAUGCUGAAGAUCUACGAGGACACCAACAUGGCCAUUUCAACAACACUGACAAAUGACCAAACCCAUACCACAGAUGACAACCAAACACUCAGCAACGUCUCUGAGGCAGCCCCAAAGAACAAGGACUUCUACUGGCCAGGGAAGCAGAAGACCACAGAGAUAGCCAUUUGGAAGGAGAUGUCUCCCUAAACAGCUGGAUGGGGGGAUGAAACGGAGCAUAUCUUUGCUUUCAAAUUGUAACAACUCAAAGUAUAAUGUAUGUCAUGGUAGCAGCAGUGUGGCUUGUUGUAGUUAUUUAAAAUAUGCGUAAACAACAAAACUACAGCUGUGACAACACAAAAGACAAAUGGAAGGACAAGGCAGUUUUCUUAGGAGAAUCUUUACAUUUUAUUUCACAGGAAAUGGUGUUCAAUUAAUUCCGAAGAAUUCCUUAAAGUGAAUAAAUGUAAAUCAACCGAGAGAUUGCUAUUCCCUCUGCAUGACACAUUUGUACAUGUAGAUCUGUAAUAAAUGAUGGUAUUAGCAUUCUGUAGUGCAACACAAGUGUGAGCUCAGCUGGGUCAUGCUUCGAGCAGUGAAGUGUUGAACGUCAGCAGCCAACCGGAUGUGCUCUUAUAUUAAUCUACAGAUAAUAUUCUCAUCUUUUAAUCUAAUAAAUUCAAUUUUACAGUGCUCGACUGUCCUAAUUUCACAAACAUACUCAUAGGUCAACAUACUGUUACAGUGCUCGACUGUUCUGAUUACACACACACACACACACACACACACA